GUAUUGUCAUGAGGUGUUGAAGCCUUGUUUCAUUGAUUGGGAGACUGGACCUAAAUGGCGCAGCAUGACUUUGCUCCAGCCUGGCUUAAUUUUCCUACUCCACCACCACCAUCAAAGUCAUCAUUGAAUUUUGAGAAACAUUCCAGCACCUUUUCAUGGACAGAAAAUCGUUAUGAAGUUAAUCGUAGACGACAUAACUCUUCUGAUGGAUUGGAUCCUAGUUGUGGCCAUUCAAAUGGAGGGCAUUCAGGAAGAAAAGAAAGAAAUGGUUGGCGUUCACAAGGCAGAAAUGGAACAGAAAAUUUAAACUAUAGAGCAGGAUACCAUAAUGGAAGUUCACGUGCUCGCACCAGGAGCUUUCAGUCUGGUAAAAGCCAAGGGUCACAGGAAAACAAAGCAUCUGAAUGUGAGACUCUGAAAAAGACAGGCAAGGAAGAACCCAAACAAUUUGAAGCUGAAGAUUUUCCAUCCCUGAAUCCUGAACAUGAGAGAGAACCAAACCAGAAUAAAUCGUUAGCUGAAGGUGUUUGGGGUAAGAGCAUUAAGAUAUUAUUUUAUAUUAUACAAACCAUAUUAACUAAUUUCUUAGCAUGUGCCUCUGAAGUAAUAUUUGUAACUUGGGAUUUUUGAUUGCAGUACUGCCUUAUGUUUAAAGUAAACAUUUCAUUGUACUGGAGUAGGUAUGCA